UUGUGUGACAGAAAAAUUCCAAUGAAGCUGAAGGGAAAAUUCUAUAAAACAGCCAUAAGACCGGCUAUGAUGUACGGAACUGAAUGUUGGGCAGUGAAAAAGAAAGAGGAACAACGAAUGCAUGUGGCGGAAAUGAGAAUGCUUAGAUGGAUGAGUGGAGUGACAAAGAAGGAUAAAAUUAGAAAUGAGUAUAUUAGGGGAAGUCUAGGUGUGGCACCAAUUGAUGCCAAAAUGAGAGAGCAUAGGUUAAGAUGGUUCGGUCAUGUUCAACGUCGAGACGUUAAUCACCCAAUACGAAGAAUAGCUGAAGUGCAGAUUCCUGGAAGGAGUAGGAGAGGAAGACCAAAGAAGACCUGGGGGGAGGCGAUAAGGCAGGACAUGUUGGUAAAGGGGAUUAACAUUGAUAUGACCCAAGACAGAAUUGUGUGGAGAAAUGCAAUUAGGGAAGCCGACCCCGCAUAGGGAUAAGGCAAAGAGAAUGAUGAUGUUGGGUGCCAUGUACCCUAGGGUCGCUGGACGGCGUGGAAUUGGCUGUACCGGACUCCUGGACGGCUUUCCGUUCCUGAGAAUUAGAACGGGAUGUACUACGAGUAUCUACCAUAGUGUUAUUAAUUUUUCGAGUG